UAGCUGCAUACCCAGGUUAGGUACAUACUACUAGUAAUAACCUUAACAUUUUAACUUCGUCAGGUACAUAUCAUUACCCAUCUAUACGUACGUAUUCUUGGAAUACUGAACAUCAGAUUGUAUUCUCCAUUCUCCAUCCUAAAUCCAUACAAACAACAACCAUCCAACCCACAUCUCAUGAUAUCGCUCCUAUCAGGCGUUCCCAAUGUCGCCGCCCCGUGACCAUGUCCUCAAGAGUCUCCAAUUAUCCAGAGAGGCGCACAAACGGUACCAGCGAUAAUGAUAGCAACCCGCGACCCCGCGCCGCCGCUGGUGCUGCUGGUGCCAGUGGACAGUCUUCUUCAAGAAGUUCCCAGCAAGAUCAGCGAUCUACUCGCUCUCCACAAGGUUCUUUUACCAAUCCUGCUCACAAACGCACUGCAUCAGGGAAUCCCCGACCGGCUAGCAAGAACAUCGAAGAGCGAAGGACUGAGCGCAUGACUAUCACCACGAAAGAGAAGUUAAUGUCGCGUACUCGAAGUGCUGAGAGACGGUCCAAGGAUGCGCCCCCUCCAGAAAAGUGGCGGCCGAAAGAACCCCCUAAACGUCGCCAGUCCGAAACUAAGCCCAAGGAAACGACGAAACCUGACGCGCCGCCUGCAGUAUGGGAUCCAAUAGUUAAUUUAACACCUCACACGUCUGCACCUCUCGCGAUUCGUGUAACGAUACCUCCUUCGGCGUCGACAGCACCACCCAACCUCCAGCCCCAGCCCCUUCACGAGCUAUCCCUUGAAGCCCAGGAGGCGGCCAUAAUUGAGGAUUUAUUAUUUGUUUUUAUGGGAUAUGAGGGCCAGUAUAUUCGAUAUGCCUACUCGUAUGACCCCAAUGAGGAAAGGGACCGGCUGGCCGGUCCUGAAUUCAAGAUACUUCCAGGACUCGACCCUAGUCUACAGGACCUAACCGUGUCCAUGCUAAAGAUGGCUACGCACUACUCAGCUCUCGAAACCUUUGUUGAUGUACAAAGCAGGGAAGAAUUCGGUGCCGUUAACCAUGCUCUAUGUGCCGCCAUCAGAAAGCUUUUGCAUGAUUAUCUAGUCAUGGUCGCUCAACUUGAGACUCAGUUCUUGACAAAUGAUACCUUCACUUUACAUCUCCUCAAUGUCCAUACACUUCCCACGAGUCAGAUGAUGUUCCAGCUUUAUUCCUUGGCUCACGAAUUUCUGAAGAGAAAUGCCCUUUUGGACGACGAGAGCGAGGAGGACUCGGAUCCCGAUGAUAUCGACAACAUCCUAGAGAACCUGAAACGCGGUGGAGACCUUGUUCCAGGAAAUAUGACAGGGAAAAAGGUCUGCAAGGGCGGCGUGGUCAUAGGACUAAUCAGUAAAAGAUUGGAAGACAUGUCAGGGGAUCCUGCUGCCAGAUCGCUGCUAACAUCUCUACUACGGGAUGCGAGCCGGCCAUACAUGGCAAUGCUGAAUGAAUGGUUGCACCAUGGCGAAAUUAGGGACCCCCAUUCCGAAUUUCUUAUCAAGGAGCAGAAAAGUAUCAAGCGAGAUAGGUUGGAACAAGACUACACCGACGACUAUUGGGAAAGGAGAUAUACCAUUCGAGAACACGGCAUACCUCCACAGUUACAGGGCGUCAAAGACAAGGUUCUACUCGCAGGAAAAUAUCUCAACGUUGUGCGGGAAUGUGGAGGAGUUGAUGUUAGCAAGGUCGCCCAAGACGUUCCCAAAUCCUUUGAUGAUCUACGAUUCCUCGACAACGUCAACAACGCCUACGCUCACGCAAACGAGUCGCUUAUGAAGUUGCUUUUGACCACCCAUGCUCUUCCCGCAAGGCUACGAUCCUUGAAGCAUUACUUUUUCCUGGAUCCAUCCGACUAUUUUACCUAUUUUAUGGAACUCGGUGCGUCGGAAUUGCGAAAACCAGUGAAGUCUGUUAAUAUCGUCAAGCUGCAGUCGCUACUCGAUCUCGUGCUACGCCAACCAGGGAGUAUUGUAUCGAUGGACCCCUUUAAAGAGGACGUUCAUGUUGAGAUGAACGAAGUCAGUCUCAUCAAGAUGUUGCAGCGCGUCGUCAAUAUCACGGGUAUUGAGCCAGGAGAGGCGCUACAACCCCUUAACAAUCAACCCAUCGAGAACGAUAAGAAUGCCGUCGGGUUUACGUCGUUGCAACUCGAUUACAAUGUACCAUUUCCUGUGUCCUUAGUGAUCAGCCGAAAAACAGUGUGGCGAUACCAAGCAUUAUUUCGAUAUCUUCUAUCACUAAGAUAUCUCGAGUCACAACUAUCGACUACAUGGCAAACCCACAACACCGGUGUUGUCUGGUGUCACAAGUCAUCGGUAAGGCGUCUUGAGAUCUGGAAGAGGCGCGUGUGGACUCUAAGGGCUAGGAUGAUCGUCUUCGUCCAACAGCUACUCUAUUUCUGCACUUUGGAGGUCAUCGAGCCCAACUGGCAAUCUUUAAUGUCAAGACUUAAAGCCAAGGACGGAAGUUUGGAUGGGUCAGGGAAGCCUGACCGAACCGUGGACGAGUUGAUGCAGGAUCAUGUGGAUUUCCUAGACACCUGUCUGAAAGGUUGCAUGCUAACCAAUGGCAAGCUCAUUCGCAUCCACUCAAAAUUAAUGCAGACUUGUACUGUCUUUGCUGCUCACAUGAACUGGCUGUCCCGCGAGCUCGAGAAAUCUGACCCGGAUUUGAUCGGCCCCAUCAAACCACCCAACAUGACCGAUAAGGAAUGGAAAAGGUUCCAGACCAUGAAAUCUCAAAAGUCCCAUGCCGAUAAUGGGGCAAAUAGUACCCUUCAAGAUGAGGAGACGCGGAUUACCAACUUGUUUGAAAUCAUUAGGAAUUGGGAGAAGAACUUUAGUCGGCAUCUGCAAAUCCUCCUGGAUGCAUUGAACCACUACGCAGCAACCGAGACCGUGGUUCUUCUGAGUUUGUGCGCGAGACUGGCGACUGCUAAUCAGGGUACUGAGUUUGCGGGUCCUCGUAACACCGAGGAAGAAUUCGCUCCUUAGUAGGGAUCCCCGAAUCAGUCAGUUAUGGGAAUAAUAAUUCAUGGCAUGUGUCGACUUAAGCAGGGUGUUGUUGUUGUUUUUUCCGACUGAGGCUUAAGGCUUUUUGAGGUUUUAAAGCUUAGGUGUAUGAAAGGCGUUUUUAGGUGAUGAGAUGACAAAAACAAACUGUUGGCAUAGGGCAAAGAGAGAGAGAGAGAGGCACAGCCGUCAGUUACAGUUACGCAGUGCAAAGAGAUACCUUGAAGAAAUUACGAAUACUUUCUAGAAUUACGAGUUCCAAUAUGUUCUUCUGUCCGGUUUGGAAGUCCAUGCGUUUGCGUUUUUGGGGACCUCUUCUUGCUUAAUGUUGUAUUGAUGUAUCACCCUCCUCCACUUCAUAGCUAUGUGAUUAGUGUAGGCAGAUCUCGAGAGAGAGUUCUAGACCGUGUAGCUAAGGCAAUGACGGAAUGAUCAUCGUUGUCAACGCACUCACCGCUUCGGAGUCUACUCCGUUCUACGUAGUAAAGCAGAGCAAACCUUACAUAAUGUUUAAUGUCUUAUGAAUUGCUUUUUUAGUCACGCAGGGCAAU